AUGGAAAAAGAGGAAUUGAUGAGUAAUAAUGAGUUUCUUGAUGAUUUAACUCCCUCAGAAGAGCAUUUCCUUAAAAAGGUUCUUCUUGAAAGACGUUUGGACCGAGAAUUGCUGUUAUUAUCUAAUCCUCAUAGCCUUAGAUCUUUUGGAUCUCCAUUUAAGACUGAUGCCACGAUUUCGGAGAAACUUUCAAAGGGAGAAUUCCCCUUAUUGAAAUUCUUUUUCGAUAAUUAUAUCACCAAGUUCCCAUUUAUCACCAAUAAUAGUGAAAAAGAUCAAACGGUUUUCUGGCAAGAAACGGUACAGCCGUUUAUUGAAAGUGUUACAUCGAAAAAUCUUUCCAAUUCCAAUGAUAGGAAAGAGAAUGUCACCAAAAGAAGGCAAAUGAACAGGAAAUUCACUUCGGGGUUGUUGCUUUUCUAUAAUUCCAUGAUAAUUACUGAGAAAGAUCUAGUAUAUCUUGAAACCGAUCAUUUGAAACCAAGUGAUGUAGGGAAGUUAGAUAAGAUCAAAGCUUAUGAAACACCAAUGCUUAGUGAUGUUCAUGAUGAUGAGCUUAGGUUUGAAAAUGGGUUGAAUGUGAAUAUUGUUAGUGUUAAGAUAGUUAAUCAGAAAUCAGGUUGGUUCAGGAAUGAUCAUCAUUAUGAGUUCAUCAUACAGAUCAUACAUGAACAAGGAGUUAAGUAUUAUGUUUCUAGAGCGUAUCAUGAGUUUAAAAACCUCGAGCUGGAACUUAAGCUGAAGUUCCCGGGGAUUAUGAAUAUUGAGACUGGGAAAUUACCUGCUAAAUUCAAGCAUGAUGCCACUACCUUGGUCAAGGAGAAGCUCAGAUUAUCCUUAAGGGGAUAUUUAACACUGUUGGUAAGUUUCAAAGAGAUAGUGGAUUCUAAAGAAUUCAAAUAUUUCAUUUCUGAAGGAAAAUUCAAUGAUCUCACUCCUGAACAGCAACAAGACUAUGAAAAACGUCUUGAUCAUGAAAGACAUAUUCUCUCUACUCAAUUUGAGUUCCAAAAACAACUUAGUAAUAUCAUGAUUGAUUUUAGUAAACGAUUUGAUGAUUUCAAAGCUCAAUUGAUCAAAGAUCCUUCAACUUUGACUAAAAUUUUCCAGGAAAUCGGGUCGAAAGAGACUUUAGAUGAUUUAUCGCCAUUAUUAUCGAUAUUUAUUGAUUGGUGUAAGAUAGAAUUAUCAGCAACCAUCUUUCAAAUAUUCUUAACUCAAGAUAACUCCAAUGAGUUACUUACUAAUUUGAGUAAAUUCCAUCGAUUAUUCCCUUAUGGCAUCACUUAUAACAUUCUUAGGUUUACUAAUCCGAUAAGUAUCAUUAGUAAGAUCAUUAAUCUCUUCUUGAUAACCAUUCCAGGUACUAAGAAUAAAAGUCUUUUAUCGAUGUUAUUCAUUAUGCUUUUAGAUGAGGAUUUGAGUGGCUAUGAAGUGGAAAUUGAAGAUGUUAAGAAGAAGUUGAACUUCCCUAACUUUGUAAGUGCCAUAGAGACGUUUAUUGAUGAGAAGUUGAUUGAAAGUGAUCUAGAUAUCGAUGAAAAUUUACAUGAAAUCUUUAAUAGUAUUGAAAAACCAACCAAAGAAGAAAGUCAGUUCCUUGAAAACCCAGACACUGCCAACUUAACUAACCUUAAACAACUUUAUCAGCUCAAAAUCAGACAUAAUGAUAAGUUGAUCAUGAAGAGUCUUUGGCAAGAACCAGAAUUAACCAAACUACUCAAGAAUUUCCUCAUCAUCUUCUACCAACCAUUGAUCAAACUUUUAAGUAAAAGUAAACUUCAUUUAUUCUUCCGAGAUUUCCAACACUUCAACGAUGAGCUAGUGGAGCUUCUAGUUAAGUUGAACGACGAAGAAAUGUACUAUCUUAGUUCAGUGGAAAUUUUUAAUAGGUUGAUGAAAUUGCUCGAUGACCAUAUUAUCAUUUUCUGGAGAUUUAUCCAUAAUUUAUAUAACAACGAUGAUGAUCAGUUAUUCCAUAAGAUAAUCAAGUGGAUAGAAGAUUUCCUUGUGAAGUUAAGAAUGAAAUACACCGAUGUUGAUAAGGUAAAAGUCAGGAUCAAAUGUGAUGAGCCUUUGAAUAAAGAUAUUUUCUUAGACCAACUUCAUCAGAUCAUGAACAAGACUAUAGAGAAACGGAAAUUGUUCAAGAAUCAUUACCAGAAAGAUAAAAAGGAUAGAAAAGAGAAUAGUCUUGAAGAUAAUUGGGAUAAGUUACAUAAUUUGAAUCAAAAUGAUGAAGAGUUUGGGAUGUAUAAUGAAGAUGUAGAAGAGUAUAAUCUAGAAUUGAAUAAUAAGGAUGAAGAAUUCCAAAAAGAGCUUAAAAAGAUCAAUGAUAUGGUGGUAGAUACCAGUGAAAUAGAUAAGUUGGAUGGGACUUUGGUCGAAGAGUUGGAGAGGAUUUUUAGAUCAAUCACCGCGCCGGAAUUAUUUUAG